AGGCCAACAACUGGAGUUACAAUAUUUAUUCUUAUCUCAAUUCAGUUUGUUUAAUCUUAAAGGAGAGAUUGUGAAAUCUUAUCUCUUUGGAGUUUGGAUAUUCGUAGAUUGAAGGUUGCUUGAAGAAAAUAUAGUGUUUUUUGUUGAUUUGUGUCUAUGGGUUUGUCACUAUCCUUGUUGGUAUCAACUUGUAAAGAAAUCAUCAAAACCCAAUCUUUGGAGGAUAAUGUCGAAACAGUUAAUGUAAGGUCAUUUAGUUUAGAUGGAAAUGAAUCUGAGAUGAUGCUCAGAACACUAAGUUUUAAGAUGAAUGAUUCUGAGAGUGUUGUUAUGGAUGAGUCUGAUAAAAAUAAUAUGGCUAUUGAGGAAUCAGUAAGCUUUAAACACUCGAAGAGUAAUGAGGCGUCCAAGCUGAACACAACUUUUUCAUUCAAGAAUCUAGUCCUUGAAAAUAACAAUGCAGGGAUGACUUCAAAGAACAGCGAGUCCGGUGAGUCUCAUAAUGUGAUCAAUGAAGAGUCAAUAAGCUUCAGGAAAGAGGAAAAUCAACCAUUGAGGCUCAAGACUACACUUUCGUAUGAAAAUCUGGUUCUUGAUAGUGCAAAUUUCAUACAACCGGCAGCUUUGAAGACCAGGGAACAGAACUCACUCAUUGCACCAAAAGGUCCAAAGCUCAUAAUCCCGGUUGUAGAGCCAACAAUAUUUUUUUCUCCAAGACCUGUCAGCGAACUUGAUGCUGCUGCGGUUAAGCUUCAGAAAGUCUAUAAGAGUUACCGGACUAGAAGAAAUCUUGCAGAUUGUGCAGUCGUGGUGGAGGAGCUUUGGUGGAAAGCAUUAGACUUUGCUGCUCUCAAGCAAAGUUCGGUAUCUUUCUUCAAUAUUGAAAGACCAGAAACCGCUGUUUCACGAUGGGCACGUGCAAGGACAAGAGCUGCCAAGGUUGGAAAGGGUUUAUCCAAGGACGAAAAGGCACAAAAACUGGCUUUGCAACAUUGGCUUGAAGCUAUUGACCCACGACAUCGGUAUGGUCACAACUUACAUUUCUACUAUGAUGUGUGGUUCAAAAGCGAGAGCAGUCAACCAUUCUUCUACUGGUUGGAUGUUGGAGAUGGCAAAGAAGUGCACCAUGAACGAUGCUCAAGAAAUGAUCUGCAACGUAAUUGUAUCAAAUAUCUUGGACCCAUAGAGAGGGAAGCGUAUGAAGUUGUAGUACAAGGCGGGAAGCUUGUUUAUAGACAGAGCCGGUUGUUUGUGGAUACUGUUGAGGGUUCCAAAUGGAUAUUUGUUCUUAGCACAUCAAGAUCAUUGUAUAUAGGCCAAAAGAAGAAAGGUGCCUUUCAACACUCUAGUUUUCUUGCUGGUGGAGCUACAACAGCUGCUGGAAGAUUGGUUGCGCAUAAUGGUGUCCUCCAGGCAAUAUGGCCUUACAGUGGACAUUAUCUUCCCACCGAGGAGAAUUUUAAGGAAUUCAUUAGCUUCCUCGAGGAUCACUUCGUAGACCUGACAAAUGUGAAGAGGUGUGCUGUCGAUGACGACUAUCCUUAUAAAACUAAGGAUACAGAGACGAAACAAGAGGCAGUACUGGAAGCUCCCGCAGAAACUGCACUGCCAGUGGAAAAAGAUGCAGUUACGGACAAUGAGCGCUUUCACAACACUACUCCUGUUAUCACCGAGUGUCAAGAAGACAAGACGAAAACCAAAGAAACAAAUGUUGAAGUACCCGCAUUCAGUUUUGGAAAACGUUUAUCCUGCAAAUGGAGUUCAGGAGUUGGCCCUCGUAUUGGUUGUGUCAGAGACUACCCGAGCGAGCUUCAAUUCCAAGCACUCGAGCAAGUCAAUCUAUCUCCUAGAGUCGCAUCUGGGACCAUCCGGAAAAACGGUCCAAUCCCUUCACCCCGACCGAGUCCCAAAAUCCGACUUUCUCCAAGACUUGCAUAUAUGGGACUCCCUAGCCCUAGGAGGGUCUCUACACCUACACCAGCUAACUAGAAUUCAUAUCAGAAUAUCAUAGAGAAAUUGUUAGAUCCUGAGAACAAUCUUUUUCCUUCCCAGUUUCAACGAAAUAAUAAAGGAAGUGAUGAAGGGACUAACCCAACAUUCCUUUUUGUAGGUCUUACUUGACCUUGCUCAUUUUUUUUU